AUGCGUUUAAUCUUGUGUGUCAUCUAUCUGCUCCAAUGCUGCAAAGUUUGUGAUGCUGAAAGUGACAUCGUAGCUCGACUUUAUGCAUUGGAAAAUGCUGGUGUUUCUGUGGCUAAACUUCCACUUCAAUCCAAUGCACUUCCAAACGCCAUUUCAAAGCGAUUACUCAGCUAUUCACUUACUUGGAAUGAUCUCUCAGGUUUAAUGCAACGUGCAUUAUUAUGGGAUACUGGAUUUGUCUUUGCUUCAUCUCUAAGUUCAGUGUCCACCGAUGUUCAAGAUCAUCUCAAACUUGUUCAAAUCUUUACAUCCUGCAGUCAAGGGAUGAACGACAUCUUACCAUCUGUAGCCGAAAUUAGGAUCCUUCAAUCUGCAGGACCAAGUCCAAGUUGUCAAGUGGAAACUUGCGGGUCAAUAGGCCAUUUUCUCUCUCCACUCUGUCCCGUUGAAAUUGUCCUCCCAUUAACACGGUGUGCAAUUUACACAUCUGAUAUGGAUGGACAAGAUCAAGUUUCAGGAGUUUAUUAUGCUCAAGAUGGACGUAGUCCAAGUAUUCCUAAUCCAAUUAUACGACGACAUACUUCCAUUCAUACAAAUGUGAAUCAAUCACUUUUUGCGAUUCAUCUCUCUGACAUUUCAUUUCUUGGUCUCAAAUCUUGUGAACCAUAUACAAAUUUUAUCGUGCCAUGUCGAGGAAUUGAAAAUAGUAAUCUUCCAUUUGAGAAUACUACUAUAACCAACGACAUAAUAUUAUGUCCAGCAACUUAUGGUGUUACUAUGACAUUAUGGCUUCAAUUGACGUCCAUGCCAUCAUUUGCCCCAUUUUCAACAUCAGCAAUUGUGUCAUUAACUAUAAUGACAUUUUUUUGUGUCAUUUUACUUGUUUACAUUUGUUAUUGUACUCAAUCUCGUACGUGGGUACAAAAAAGUUAUGAAAAUGUACGACUAGACGACAAAUGGGACGAUCAAACACAAUCUCACUCGUCUAAUAUUCUACGUCGAUUCUUCACUCGAAGAACGAAACGAAAGACUCAUAACCAUCUCACUUCAAUAGAAAAUCUCCAACAAUAUACUCGUGAACUUCCAGAAGGAACAACACACGUCGAAGUGACGGAAUUCAAUCAUGAAAUAUGUCAACAAAGUGUCAUUUUAUCAACUUUUGUCUCCGAUCCAACAAUCAUAACAAAACGAAUUGCUUUCUCUCAUUUACAUCGUUUACGUUUAUUAGCGAAAGGAGGAAGUGGAGAAGUGUGGCUUGGACAAUAUGAAACUCAAUAUGUUGCAAUGAAAUGUUUAUUAUCAUUAAAACGAAAAGAUUUUCAAGCAUUAGAACAAUUUGCUGAAGAAAUUCGAAUGGCUUCACUCUUGGAACAUCCACGAAUUGUAACUUUCUUUGGUGUAGCAUGGCAUUCUCUUUGGCAUUUAUGUGCUAUCACCGAAUAUAUGGCAUAUGGAGAUUUAGAAACAGUAUUAACUCAUUCCAAUUCUCGAAAUGAAUUUUCAUGGAAACGAGAAAAGUUUCAAAUUGCUUGUGAUAUUAUUGAAGCACUUGUUUAUCUUCAUUCUCUUCUUCCAAUUGUCAUUCAUCGUGAUUUAAAAUCCAAAAAUGUAUUACUUGAUCGAUAUCUUCAUGCAAAAUUAAGUGACUUUGGUUUAAGUCGUGAACGAUCAAUUGAAGAUACCAUGACAAAUGGAAUUGGGACAAUUUUAUGGACUGCUCCGGAAAUUCUAGAAGGAAAACGAUAUGAUGAAACAAGUGAUUUAUGGUCUUUUGGUGUUGUAUUAUCAGAAAUUGAUACCUGUGCUUUACCUUAUGGAUUUACUCGUCAUACGAAAAUGCAGAGUAUUCAAAUUGUUCAUUUCGUUUCGAAAGGUCAAUUAUUACCAACUUUUCAAGAUGAUUGUCCAAAAGAAAUUCGUGAAUUAGCUUUUCGAUGUUUAAAUUUGGAUCCAAAAGCACGUCCUACAGCAUUAACAGUCGCUUAUGAAUUACGUUCAAUCAUUGCACCAUUAAUUUUAUCACUUGAUUGA